AUGGUCCAAUAUAAGGCCCCUUGGAUCCUAAAAUGGUCAUACAAUAUCACUAAUGACACCAGAGUUUUUGCCCGUCAAUUCUCUAUUAAGUGUUGGGACAAAUUUGAAGUUGACCGAAUUGCCAAAUAUGUUUACAAUGACUUCCCCCAAGUUGCAGUUCCUCCUAAGCCCCAGCCAAAUUCUCCUGUUGGUUCUACUCGAUCUUCUCUCUCAAUCGAGGGAAAAUCAAAAGCUGAAUUACAUGAAAUUGCUCGCCAGUUGAUUAUUCAAGCCUCUAAGAUGAAUGAUGAUAAGGACAAUGAUUCCCCUAAGUCUCAAUCGUCAUCCAGCUGUCUUCCUAAUCCAAGUCCUUCCAAACCAUGUCGGUGGGCUGAUUAUGAAGACAGUCAAGACCCCUAUGCCGCCUAUGAAUUGAAUUCUGAUUACGCCAAAGGGUCGCAAGCAGUCAUCAAACUAAAGUUGUCGCCUAGGAGAAAAUGA